CUGGGCAGUCCGCCGGCAGGCAGCCGGGAGCAGCUGCUGGCGCUCGGCUCUCGCCCGCGCGGUUCGUUCGUUCGCUUGCCUGCUCGGGAUGGCUGGCUACCUGCGGGUCGUACGCUCGCUCGGCAGGGCCUCGGGCUCUGGGCCGGCCUGGGCGCCGGCAGCCCUGACAGGCCCCAACUUGCAGGACCAGCCGCGGCGCCACUAUGCCGACAAGAGGAUCAAGGUGGCCAAGCCGGUGGUGGAGAUGGACGGCGAUGAGAUGACCCGCAUUAUCUGGCAGUUCAUCAAGGAGAAGCUCAUCUUGCCCCACGUGGACGUCCAGCUCAAGUAUUUUGACCUGGGGCUCCCACACCGUGACAAGACUGAUGACCAGGUCACCAUUGACUCUGCAUUGGCCACCCAGAAAUACAGUGUAGCUGUGAAGUGUGCCACCAUCACCCCCGAUGAAGCCCGCGUGGAAGAGUUCAAGCUGAAGAAGAUGUGGAAGAGUCCUAAUGGGACCAUCCGGAACAUCCUCGGCGGGACCGUCUUCCGGGAGCCCAUCAUAUGCAAAAACAUCCCCCGCCUCGUUCCUGGCUGGACCAAGCCCAUCACCAUCGGCAGGCACGCCCACGGCGACCAGUACAAGGCCACAGACUUUGUGGCCGACCGGGCCGGCACGUUCAAGAUGGUUUUCACCCCGAAGGAUGGUAGCGGUGUGAAGGAGUGGGAGGUGUACAACUUCCCUGCCGGCGGCGUGGGCAUGGGCAUGUACAACACGGAUGAGUCCAUCUCGGGUUUUGCGCACAGCUGCUUCCAAUAUGCCAUCCAGAAGAAGUGGCCGCUGUACAUGAGCACCAAGAACACCAUUCUGAAAGCCUACGACGGCCGCUUCAAGGACAUCUUCCAGGAGAUCUUUGACAAGCAUUAUAAGACCGACUUUGACAAGAAUAAGAUCUGGUACGAGCACCGGCUCAUUGAUGACAUGGUGGCUCAGGUCCUCAAGUCUUCAGGUGGCUUUGUGUGGGCCUGCAAGAACUAUGACGGAGACGUGCAGUCGGACAUCCUGGCCCAGGGCUUUGGUUCCCUUGGCUUGAUGACGUCCGUGCUGGUCUGCCCAGAUGGGAAGACCAUCGAGGCUGAGGCUGCUCACGGGACGGUCACGCGCCAUUAUCGGGAGCACCAGAAGGGCCGGCCUACCAGCACCAACCCCAUUGCCAGCAUCUUUGCCUGGACGCGUGGCCUGGAGCACCGGGGGAAGCUGGACGGGAACCAGGACCUCGUCAGGUUUUCCCAGACCCUGGAGAAGGUGUGCGUUCAGACCGUGGAGAGCGGAGCCAUGACCAAGGACCUUGCGGGCUGCAUCCAUGGCCUCAGCAACGUGAAGCUGAAUGAGCACUUCCUGAACACCACGGACUUCCUGGACACCAUCAAGAACAACCUGGACAAGGCCCUGGGCUAGCAGGAGGGGCGGGGAGUGCUGCCCGGCUGCUGGAUGGACGCAGGUCCUCGCACAGGCGGCGGAGGGUGAGCCUCGCAGCCCUCAGGGGCCUUUCUAGGGGACAUUUUUUAUAAGCAAGAUGUUUUUAAAAGUAUCUCUGAGUUUCCCCUCACGGCAACGCGAGGCAGGAACAGUGUGUUUUACCUCAGUCAGUCAGUAUGUUUUGCAUACUGUAAUUUAUAUCGCUCUUGGAACACAUGGUGCCAUAUUUAGCUACUAAAAUCUCUUCACAAAAC